GUGUGCGGGGUGAGCGGGGUGCACCAAUUCUGUCGCCAUGUUGCAUGGGGUUUGGAAAAAACUGUACUAAACAUUUUUUGAGGGUGUGUGCGGAUGAUAGGUGGUGUGCUAAAUGUUGGAGACAGGGUGGGCCAAAACUGUCAGGAUGUUAAAGAGAGUUUGCUAAAGACUGUACUAAACAUUUGUAGUGGGUGUGUGCAGAAUAGAGGUGGUGUGCCAAAUGUUCUUUGAGCGGCUGUGCACCAACUCUGUCGGGCUGUUUAAGGGAGUUUGCAAAAGACUAGUAAAAAAAUUUUUGAGGGUGUGGGUGGAUGAAGGGUGGUGCACCGAAUGUUGUUUCAGAGAGUGGGGGUGGUGGGGGGGGAAUUGGGUCCGCCAACUCUGUAAGAUGCAGAAGGGAGUUUACAAGAAAACGGGACAAAACGUUCUUUGAGGGUGUGUGCUUAUGAGAGGGUGUGCCGAGUAAAAGGGGGGUGCGCCAACUCUUGUCAGGAUGUUGAAUAUUAGUUGGGAAGGACAACAAAAUUUGUUUGAGGGUGUUUGCAAGGGAGAGGGGGUGCGCUAACUCUUGUCAACAUGUUGAAAUGGGUGCACGCUUCAAAGAGGAAGCGCACCCCAGCUCUCCCUGCAUAACACCUCAGCAACUUUUUUUCUUUUUUUUUUUUGCACAACUCUGUGUGUGGGGAAGAGAUAGGGAAGAGGGUGUGCGCCAUUUCGUUUCUGCAGAAGAGGGUGCGCAUCUUGGAAAAGAGUGAUGGGUGGAAUGUUAUUGAAUUCAACUAGAGGAAUCAGCUGCUUUUUUCCCAGGGUUUGGGCGUGCGUGUGUGCGUAAAAGUCUCCUGAACAGGAAACUCUCUCGCUCUCUCGCUCGCUCUCUCUCUCUCUCUCUCUCUCUCUCUCUCUCUCUCAUUGGGUGCGUGUGCGUGCGAGAGAGAAUCCCAGCUGGUCCCAGCAGCCUUAUAAUAGCGAGCUCAACAUCCUGGAGCUUCAAUGAAAGCUAAGCUGAGCUGUCUGACUGCUUGGUCGGUUUCUCUUCACUUCAGCGCGGAGUUGCCUGGGAGUCGUAGCCGAGCGCCGCGUCUGAUUUUUCGGUCACCUUGCACUGGUCUUUACCGUGCCUCUCGCUGGUUGUGAUGGUUCCCCACUCGGGUGAUGCUCAGUCCUGUCGGAGGAUGGCUCUUUUGGUUCUGGUCGUGCUCUCCGCGUGGGUCUGCUGCGCACGCUUCGGAUACUGCGCCCUGCUCCGAGCGGAGGCGGAUUUUACGCACGAGGCCGAGCGGAGGCAUGCUGCUCCAGUAGCUCCAGUGGUUGCGGGGGACCGGGAGCGGCUGUCCCAGGACACGGUGACAGAGCACAUGCACAUGCUCUACGACAAGUACAACAAGGCGGGAUUCGCUUACAAGAACGGCAACACGGUGCGCAGCUUCAAGGCGCACUGGGGGGUGAUCAACAAGAAGCGGCUUCAGAUCUUCAACCUCACGUCGCUCACUAAGUCCGAAGAUGUCCUUUCUGCCACACUGCACUACUAUAUCGGGGACCUCCACAAUGGCAGCUGGUCCUGCUCCAGACCCCAAGGCUGCGUCUUCCAUGGCCCACGCAGGCACAGCCACAUCCACGCCGUCAUCUGGAGCUUUGCCCCUGAGGCUGACCAGUUGAGGACUCUGGGCCAGUUCCGCAUCAAUGUGUCCACACACAACCAGGACUUCAUCUCCUGGCAGUGGAAGGACAUCACCAGGGUGGUCAACCAGGCCAAGGCACAUCACCAGCUCCUCAUCGGCAUCGAGGUGGCCUCGCGGGGACCCCGGCCCUGGAAGGAGCUCCUGGCUGACCGCUCCCCUUACAUCCUCGUGUACGCCAAUGACUCGGCCAUCUCUGAGCCCGAGAGCGUGGUGGCCACCCUCAGGAGGAAUCCCUCGGUGGGGGACCCCAAGGUAGGGCAACGUGGGCGGAACGCGACGGAACCGCAGAGGAGCUCUUCCAGGCCCAAGCGUGCCAUCAACGUCCUGCUCCCCCUGCAGAACAACGAGCUCCCUGGACCUGAGUACCCCUAUGAGACAACCGGUUGGGAUGAGUCCAGUCCCUAUGAGCCCUUCCAGAGCAAGCAGGCCCGGCGGCCGUUGCGCAAAAAGAGCCGCAAGAACCCAAGGCACAAGAUGCCCCUGCUACAGUUUGACGAGCACACUAUCAAGAAGGCCCGGAAGAAGCAGUGGAAUGAGCCCCGGAACUGCGCACGCCGCUACCUCAAAGUAGACUUUGCUGACAUCGGCUGGAGCGAGUGGAUUAUUUCGCCAAAGUCUUUUGACGCCUACUACUGCUCCGGGUCCUGCCAGUUCCCCAUGCCCAAGGCGCUGAAGCCAUCAAACCACGCCACCAUCCAGAGCAUUGUGCGGGCGGUGGGUGUGGUGCCCGGCAUCCCGGAGCCGUGCUGCGUCCCGGAGAAGAUGUCGUCCCUCAGCAUCCUCUUCUUUGAUGAGGACAAAAACGUGGUUCUCAAGGUGUACCCCAACAUGACGGUGGAUUCCUGCGCGUGCCGAUAGUUCCCUUGGCGCACCCCUCUUUUGUCCCCACCGCCUGCUGACUCUCGUCGCCAUGGAAGCAAGUCCAGAAAAGAUGCGUUCCUCUUCUUAUUUUUAAAAUUGCUCACAUUGACGCCGGACCUGACUGGCAGGGCACUCUAAGGGAGUGCGCAAUGUGGUUACAGGUGAUGGGGGUGCGACAGCAGGAAGUAGUGGUGGUCCUCGAGGAAGAUGCUCACAUGGAGGAGGACCACUGAAGGAUAAAUGCCUUUUUAGGACGAAUUUUCACAGUGCUUCAAUUUGGACCCAUUCUAUUUGACGGGCUACACCUCUUCUCAUCAGCCAUGCUGGUCUUUGUCCAAACUUUUGAAGCCACGCACCUCCUUCCCUACCGAACUUGAGAAGCCACGCACCCCCUUCUCUCCGUGAACUUUUUCAACCAGACACCACCUUGCACAUCUGGACAGAGUUGGCACACCCCUAUAAAAUGCGCCCUCCCUGCGGAGCACCACAAAACUCAAGACAAAGAUCAUUUAAAGGCAUCAUAUUUCGUCAUGUAAACAUGAUUGAAUGGGAUUAAAAAGACGGUUGUUCCAUACGUACCCCUUGGGGUGCGCAUACCAAAGUUACCCCUCUGUAAGUCUGUAUUUCCCAUUCAUCAUAAUAUAACUUUAUAGUAUAACAUUAUGGAUUCCAAAGCCAAGCCAGAGUGAUGUUUCGAAGGGGGUCCACCUAACCAUAUCAGCUAAGUCAGUCUUUCUCAAACUAUUAAAGCCACGAAACCCCUCCCAUCCCUAAACUUAUUAACCCAUGCACCCUAUUUAGCAACAUGCUUGGCACACCCCCUAUGCACCAUAUGCACCCCCAGACAGUUUUCUCAGUGUUAGUGAGUAUGUACCAUUCAUUGUUACUUUAUUGUGCAACUUUAUAGAUUGAAAAGUUUAAGCUGGACCCAUAGCUCUGAGGGGGUGGCGCACCCCUUCGUCUUUGCACACCACCCGUCAGCACAUAGCGGAAAUGUCUAUACGUAUCCCUAGGUGUGCGUGCACUACAGUUUGCCCUGUUGUAUUCCUAAGCAAAGUUGGACUGAUGCCUCUGGGGUGGGGGCUGCCCCUCUCUUCAAUCUGCUACAUCAGUUUUUGAAGCUACGCACCCCCUUCUGCAUUCAAGACAGAGUUGGCGCAGCCCAUCUCCACCACGUACCCCCUCUAAAUAAAGUCCAUUUGAGGUGCUGCAUGUACCACAGUUUGCCCUCUGUAACUGUAUUUACCAUUCAUCACUACAUUAUUGUAUAACUUCUAGGAUCCCAAAGCUCAGCUUACCCUCUGAAGGGGGUGUGCCUCGCCUUAUUCGCCCAGUCUUUUGUUGGCUUUAGUUCCCCCCGAAUGUUUCGCCCCCUUUUUGUUGUAGCCAUAAAGGCAUCAUGUUUAAUCAUGCAAACAUGAUCAAGUUGAAUUAAAAAUUUCAUUUUACAGAAAAUGUUUAUGCGCACCAACAUUUGGAGAUCCAUCCAUCCAUUUUCUUUACCGCUUAUCCUCACUAGGGUCAGGGGCUGCUGGAGCUUAUCCCAGCUAUCUUCGGGCGGGAGGCGGGGUACAUCCUGAACCGGUCGACAGCCAAUCGCAGGGCACAUAGAAACAAACAACCAUUCGCACUCACAUUCACACCUACGGGCAAUUUAGAGUCUUCAAUCAACCUACCAUGCAUGUUUUGGGGAUGUGGGAGGAAACCGGAGUGCCCGGAGAAAACUCACAGAGGCACGGGCAGAACAUGCAAACUCCACAAAGGCGAGGCCGGGAUUUAAACCCCGGUCCUCAGAACUGUGAGGCAGACGUGCUAACCAGUCGUUCACCAUGCCGCCCCAUUUGGAGAUACCAUGACCAAUUCAUUCAGUUUUACUGUACAACUGUAUCAGUUCCAAAAGCUAAAGUUCCUCUUCGUAUCACCUUUAUCAAUCAUUUGAAUCCAUGCACCCCCAGUUAGCACACCUCCACUACCCCUAAAAAGUUACUACAAAAGGUUUAAGCAGGCAAGUGGUGUGCCUCUCCUUCUCAGCUUCUUCCCCAAAAACCUUUGAGGCCACACACCCCCUUCAACAUCCUGCUGGUGCAUCGCCUCUCUUGCUUAAAAAAGUUUUUUUUUUUUUAAACAAAACAAUACAUAUCCUCAGGUUGUUUUUCUAACUGUUGAGACCACAACAGCAAAACAUCUAUUUAUGCAGACCAGAUACUUCCCGUACGCUUUAUAUUGUACAUUUUUGUGUAUAUAUUGCAGCUGACUGUAUGCUGACGACUGUUUGUUGACAAGUGCCUUUUCUUUCCAAAUCUUGGGAAUCCAUUUGUAAUAAAAAGCUGUUAUUGUGGAAUUUAUUCUUUAAAAAUAUAUAUAUACAGUAUUUCAAAACUUUUUGAUAUUUCAGAGAUAUUUGCUCUAUUUUGGGUCAAUAGAUGUUUUUCUUUUGUUGUAACUUUUAUAUAUUUUGUA